UUUAAUAUGGCAUCACUGUUGGUUUCUGUGUGUAAAUGGUGUAAAUACGAUUUUUUUGCUGUUCACGUUGAUAUAAAUUUAUAAAAAUGCCUGAAAAGGUUGUUAAAUCGGAACCUAGGAAGGAAGAAGUCGAAUUGGAAACGCAGUUCAUAAUGCGAAUGCCUUUGGAACCGGCCAAGCUUUUACGAGAAGCUAUUCAAACUGGUGCUAACAAUCUGAAAGAUCGACUAGCAAUACGAUUAGAUGCUGAUUUGCGCUAUGGCGAGGUACGUUUCGAUCAUUGGCUUUUGCAUGCCAAAGUUGUAGAUCUCCCAACUAUAGUGGAGACCCUGAAAACCAUUGAUGGUAAAAACUUUUAUAAAACUGCAGACUUGUGUCAAUUGAUGAUUUGUAAAGAAGAGCCAGAUAUUCCAUCAGCUGAAGAAGAGUCUCCUGUGAAAAACAAAAAGAAGGAUCCAAACAAGGUGGACAAAAAAUUCCUUUGGCCCCAUGGAAUAACUCCUCCGUGCAAAAACGUACGCAAACGGCGUUUUCGGAAAACCCUGAAGAAAAAAUACGUCGAAGCCCCAGAAAUCGAAAAAGAAGUCAAAAGGCUUCUGCGGGUGGAUAACGAAGCAGUAAACGUAAAAUGGGAUCUAAUCACCGAAGAUGAGGAUCCGAACAAGUCAGCUUCGGAUUCAAAACAUGAAUCAAAUGCUCCAAACAAAAGCCCCUCUAAGGGUGGUAAAAAGGGAUCCUCGAGCAAAGACGUUGGCGAACAUGACAUUUUUGGAGAAGAAGUCUCUGACUCAGAUGAAGAUGAAAAUCCCAUUAACAAGAGCAUCGAUAUCGACGAGAGCAGUCGUUUAUCGGCCGAAGCAGAUGACAGCCGUUUAUCGGAUUCCAGUUCCUGUCAAGGAACACAAUCAUCUGAUAAAAAUGUAACCGUUGAAUUUAGCAAAAGUAUGUUUGGUAGUGUUUCCGGAAGCGGCGGCUCCCGUUCAAGAAAAUUUGAAACGCCGUCAGGUUCUAAGUAUGGUGAUAACUCACGUCUUGAUUCCGAUGAAUCAACCGAGUUUAUGACUUCAUCGCGGGAUCUUGUAAGCAGCCGUAUGUAUGACAUUCGACGACAAUUGAGCGAGCUGAAAGCUCAAAGAAUACAAAAGGAACAAGAAAUUCGAACAAUAGAGAAUCAAACGCUUCGUCAACGUUUACAGGACAACUUGGACAGUUUGCUUAGUCAGAUUAUGGAAAAAGAAAUGGAGAUUCAAGAACUAGAAAUGAUGCAGUAAGGUAAUUUCCAAUAUUAAUUUUCAUUCUACAGCAAA